AUGGAUAUUCAAUUAAAUUUUCUCAAAUUUCAACCUUUAAAGAACUGGCUUGAUUAUUUUUUAAAUAGACAAGAACUAAGGGAUUUACUAAAUCAAACUUCAGACCUCAAUUUUGUGAUUGCUUUAUGCGAUCAAUUUGUCGAACAAGCAUUGGUAACAGAAAAGGAAUUGGCUCAAGUUGGGAAAAUUUAUCUAGACCAAGAAGAUAAAAUCUGUUUGAAAUAUAAAGCCAACGAUUUAUGGCUUUGUGCUAUGAGCUGUUUUGCUUGUUGUAAUUGGGACUUGGGGCUCCUAAAUGUACAGAAAAUUCAGUCAUUGUUGGACCAGCUGGUUAAAUGGACUUUAUUACAAGAAGAAAUUAUUCAGGAUCCUUUCGAUUAUUUCUGCAGUGUUACCUCUUCUGAAAAAUUUGACACAAAAAGAAUUUUUUCUGUAUGGCUUUAUGCUCGUUGGAUUCUUUUGGUUGAUUCAGAGGCUCGUUUUCCUUCAAUCCCUGCAAAGCCAACAGUCAGCAAUCCUUACAAUUAUCUCGAUCAGAGUCUCCUUCAAGCAGAGAAGUUGGCACAAACAAUCCUCGAUAUCCAAAAGAAAAUGCCGCAGGCCAUAAAACUUUUGGACCAGAUGUGGAAUUUAUAUAGUGGAAUUUAUGUACCCAAAAAAGAAUGUUUUUAUCCUAAUUUGGAGGUUAUUACAGAGGGUUCUAAUCUUAAAAAUAUUGGUGAAUUUGCAAAGCCUGACAUCCAAAAACAUUCUUGGUUCUUUAAACUUGAUAUUUUUCAAUUGAGAACUGCUUAUGAUCUUUUAAAUGCGCAUUUUUGUGCAAAACAUUUUUCUAAAGCAAAGACACUUUUUGAAUUUGUAAGAAAAACUUGGCAAAGACUUAAAAACAAUCCUGAAUCCAUUGAUAAAGAAAAUAAAUACUUUUUACCAAGUGAGAAGGAUAUUAAUGGAUUUGCCUGUGCCUUGGGAUUUGAUAUUCCUAAAGAAAAUUCUUCACUUUGGCAAUCUGGUGACAUUAAUUUAUUUAUGCAAUUUGCCCUUGUUAGGCCCAAACAUAAAAUUCCUGUUAAUAUUUUGGUUGAAUUACUUUCUAUGGGAAUUUGUCGAGUUUCAAAAAUUUAUCUUGACAAAGAACUUCGACAAUCUGAAGAAUUGCGUUUAGAGUUAAUGAAAAGUUUCCAAUCACAUCUUUCUUCUUUAAACGGUUUAAAUUCAAAAAUUAAAUAUAUUCAACGUGCCAGAUUACUUGGCUCUCUUUACUUUCUUUGUUCCCAUUGUUUUGAAUUCACAAAAUCUGAAAAUGCUCUUUGGAAUGUUGUUACCUCUUUUGAUAUUAAUGUUCUUCGUAACUCGUUUGCACAACUUGAUCCUUCAAUUCGUAUUGAAAAUAAAAGGAUGGUCUUCUCUCCAGUUUCUGCUGAUCCAAUUUUAAAUGCCAUAAAUGCUUCUGGUGAUCGUUUUUUUAUUCGAAGUCAAAUAAUGCUAUGGAAAUUGGAACAACUUGCUCUUCAAGGGUUAACAAAUUGGAAUACAGAUUUUUGUCGUCCAAGUUUUCCCCAUGAAUUUGUUAAAAAUGCAGCAGAAUUGAAACAACAGCUAAAUGGUGUUUUGACUAGAGCAAUUCAAGAUAACAAGAGUACUUUUCAGAUUUUUAGUAAAGAGUUAACAUGUUAUUUACUAAACAAUCGAGAAUGGUCAUUCACCAGUCAACGUAUCAAAAAUCAACCCCUUUUAACUACUCCUUUUACAAAUAUUGCUGUUAUUUUUUCAUUUUUCUUCACUAAAUUGUAUGUGGAAAAGAAACGAGACGAGGCAUUUAAAACAGCCAGAGAAGUUAUUUGGAAGGUUUUAACUCCAACAUUUGAUGCUGUUAAAUUUGGGCAAGAACCAAGGCAAUGUAUGAUUGGAAAAGAAGCAUUAAUUAGCUUGAUUGAGGGAUUGAAGGAUUUGGAAGUCCUCAAUAUUUUUAUAGGAUUUGUCAGUUUUCUUUACAAUUUUGUUUUAACUACAUAUCAAAAACCAUUAAAAAGUAGCAUUAAUUCAACGGGAGAGUCUGAUGCUGUAGACAAUGCUACAGGGACAACUGAUGAAUCAACAAGUCAACAACAACAUACAGAAACAACAUUGUUACGUGCUGUUGGACGAAAUGUCUAUUUGGAUAAUGUUGAAUUGUGGCAAUCAAUAAGUACAUUGGAAACAUACAAGACGUAUGACAUAGAUGUUGAUUAUGUUGAAAAAGUACUAGAUUUACUAGCUGAACAAGCAUCUCUCGUUGGACCAGUUUAUUUGCCUUGGUUGUGUUUUCGAGCUGAUUAUGCAUUUGCUCGUGAAAGAUAUGAGGAGGCAACUUUGCUUUAUUUGGAAACAAUUAUAGCAUUGGAUCGUGGACUCAAUCAUCAAACAUCUUCACAGGAAGUUGGAGGUACUAGCACAACAACGAAGCAAUUAAGAAAGAAAAUGGAUAUUGAUUUGAUUUAUUCAAAAUUGGCAGUUUCACUCUAUUUUCUUCGAAUGCCAACUUUAGCAGCAAUUGUUGGACAAAUGCAUACAGAUAUCAAACCUCAUUUAAAUUUGGUAGAAUAUUUAUUAAAAAAUACUGCAGCAACAAUAGAUUCUGGUCCAGCAUAUUUUCCUUUAAUUGCUGAUAUUCAUUUAAUGGAAAGGAUGGCUGUAAUGUAUGAACAACCACCAUUAGAAUUACCUCUUUAUACACAAGCUUUGUGCCAACCAAGUAGAGCAAUUAAUGUAAACAAUUCUCAAGAAGUUUUGGACAGAGAAAGGUUAAGAAGAAAUGAAAGAAUAGCUGAAAUACUUUGUAAACAAUUUUUUGGAAUUAAUAUAGGAAGGAGAUAA